AUGUCAUUGAGCCAAUUCUCAGAAAAGUAUAAGAAAGCAAGAGUUGAAGAUGUCUCCGAUGCUACAUCGGCAAGCAACAAAGCAAACUUGAGCAGCUUAGGAGGCCUGAAGUAUAAAGUAGCUUUGUCAAACAUUAAGGACAUCCCAGAUGUAAACGUUCGCAUGGCCGACAGCAAAGCAAAGAAGAGAGUGAGAAUCCAUAGGUCCUUAGAUGAUGCAGAGGUAGUAGAGGCUGUAAAGCAACUCACCAAGAAGACCCUUACGAAGAAACUAAGAAAGAAGAAGACAGAGGAAAAGGAAGGCAAGAAGCUGAGACAGCUAAAAGAGAUCGUCGGGCGUGAAGGCCAAAGACCGAUCAACUAUAUGGACUUGGCGUCGAAGUUUAAAACAACCAUUAAUCUACUAGAGCUAUUCCAGCUCUCACUAGAGGUGUCUAAGCAAUUCAAGAAGCUGUCUACGAAGAAGAAUCUGAAAAAGAAGUCGGGACUUGCUUAG